AUGAUGCAUACGAAGUCUGAGUCUGAUGUUACUAGUUUAGCACCAUCAUCGCCAUCCCGGUCAUCACCGAAGAGGCUAGUGUACUUUGUGCAGAGUCCCUCAAGGGACUCUCAUGAUGGGGACAAGUCCUCAUCAAUGCAUCCGACUCCCAGCUUUAAUAGUCCGACGGAGUCCCCUUCACAUCCUUCGUAUGGCCGCCACUCGAGGAAUUCCUCAUCUAGUCGGUUUUCGGGGAUUUUUAGAUCUUCUUCAGGGAGGAAAGGAGGCAGAAAGAGGAAUGAUAAAGGGUGGCCGGAAUGUAAUGUGAUUGUAGAAGAGGGUGAUUAUGAUGAUGAAAAUGGACUUACAAGGAGGUUGCAGGCUUUGAUUGCGCUGCUAGGCUUCGUUGUCCUGUUUACUGUGUUUUGCCUAAUUAUAUGGGGCGCAGCUAGGCCGUUUAAAGCAGAGGUUACUGUUAAGAGCUUGGCUGUCAACAACUUCUACAUUGGAAUGGGGCCAGACGCCACGGGGGUUCCAACAAAUAUGUUUACUUUGAAUAGUUCACUGAGGUUGAGCGUAUACAAUCCUGCUACAUUCUUUGGCAUUCGAGUUAGCUCCACGCCUGUCAACCUGAUAUACUCGGAUGUAGUUGUCGCAACUGGUCAGUUGAAGAAAUAUUAUCAACCAAGAAAAAGUCAUCGGACUGUGUUGGUGAACUUAGAAGGACUCAGAGUUCCUUUAUAUGGAGCUGGAUCAGCCUUAAACGAGACCAGCAACGGUUUUCAAGUUCCAUUGGAACUAAAAUUUGAGAUAAGGUCACGCGGACAUGUGGUUGGGAAAUUGGUAACAACAAGGCAUCGGAGACAUAUAUCCUGCUCUUUGGUCGUCGACUCCACCAAGUCUAAACCUAUAAAAUUCCGGAAGAAUUCAUGCACUUAUGGCUGA